AUGGUAAAUUCAAAUCAUCAAUUGAUCUCGUCUAAUACUCACUUCGAUGCAUUCGCUGGUCCAAUGCUCAUCACCGCUUCGUCAUCCAGUCUUAAUGCACACUUCAUUAAUUCAUCAAUGAAUGCCGAUGCCUCAGCGUUUAAAAGUCGUGCGAAACGACAUUAUCGGUACAACAAUAACGAUAAUAAUAAUAAUAACAAUAAUAAUAAUAAUAACUUUAAUAACUUCAAUAACAAUGAUGAAAAUGCAAAUAUUUAUGGUGGCUUCAUUGAGCAACGUGUUCGCGGAAAUCAUAUUCCACAAUGUCCAUGCGUGAUAAAUCCAGGAUCGAAUCGCUGUAUCGCGUAUGAUUCACGUUAUCAGGCAGCUUCCAUCGAAGAAGCUAUUGUGUCAUUCCCGGAUUUCACCGCAGAUCCACGCUAUCUGGGCGAAACAAUUGUAAGUGAAUAG